ACAAUAGCUAGCCAUCAACCAUGGACUAUAUGAAUAUUUUUCCUGUAAUUUCUCUUCUAUACAUAUGCAUUCACAUCCUAGUCUCUAACCUUAGCAAAAACACAAAAAAAUCUCCUAAGCUCCCACCUGGUCCUCCCAGUUAUCCCCUCAUCGGUAACAUAUUGCAACUUGCCCCACCCAAACUGCCUGAAACACUUAGUAAACUCUCCAAAAUAUAUGGGCCUAUUAUGACUGUUAAAAUAGGCACUAUUACCACUGUGGUCAUUUCCUCUCCAAACAUAGCCAAAGAAGCACUUCAUAAAAAUGAUCAAACCUUAGCUAACCGAUUAAUACCUGAGGCUGUUCAAGCCCUUUCACAUGACAAAGCUUCUUUAAUAUUCAUGCCCUUAUCACCAAAGUGGAAGAUCUUUAGAAAAUUUUGUGCCACCAAAAUAUUCUCUUCUCAACAACUUGACUCUACCCAAUCAAUUCGCCUAAAAAAGAUGAAAGAACUACUUGAUUACUUGCAAGAAAAUUGCAAAAAGGGUGAAGCCAUUGACAUUGGUCAACUUGCCUUUACCACAGUACUUAAUUCAAUUUCAAACACCCUUUUCUCCAUUGACUUGGCUAGCUAUAGUUCUGGUUCUUCUCAAAUAUUUAGGAAUGUUAUUUCCCGUAUGCUGGUGGAAGCUUCAAAGCCAAACAUUGCGGACUAUUAUCCAAUUUUACGUAGAUUUGAUCCCAUGGGAGCAAGAAGAAGAAUGAAAAAAUAUUAUGAGACGAUACUGACGGUUUUUGACACUAUCGUUGAAGAAAGAAUUCAAAAGGGUAAUUGCACCGAAGGAAGUGAUGUGUUAGACUCGUUUCUCAAAUUGACCCAAGAGGAAAAUUUGGAGUUGACACGCCAUGAUCUGCUGCAUAUAUUUCUGGACUUAUUUGUAGCUGGGAUUGAUACAACAUCAGCGACAAUAGAAUGGGCUAUGGCAGAGUUGUUAAACAACCCAGAGAAAUUGAUGAAAACAAGGAAGGAACUUCAACAAGUCCUCAACAAAGAUGAAUAUCCUAAAGAUUCAGACAUCACUAAGCUCCCUUAUCUACAAGCAGUUGUUAAAGAAAGCUUAAGAUUGCACCCAACAGCCCCUAUUCUAGUCCACAAAUCAGUUGCUGAGGUAGACAUGUGUGGCUUUAAGGUACCUAAAGAUGCACAAGUUCUUAUUAAUGUAUGGAACAUGGGAAGAGACUCGAGCAUUUGGACUGACCCAAAUUCGUUUAUACCUGAAAGGUUUUUAGAAAGUGAAACAGAAAUAAGGGGAGAGGAUUUUGGGUACAUUCCCUUUGGAACUGGUAGAAGAAUGUGUCCAGGUAUUCCACUAGCUCAAAGGGUUGUGCACACCAUGUUGGCCUCUUUUCUAUACCAGUUUGACUGGAAGCUACCACAAAAAUCACAAGUCAUGGACAUGAGUGAAAAAUAUGGCAUUACUUUACACAAAGUCAAGCCUCUCAUUGCUAUUCCCUUCAGAGAAUAGUAAACACGAGAAAAACUCCUUUUCAAUUACCGAAGAGGUGCAAUAUGAAAGAAAAAGAUGCAUACAUUUUAUAAUUUUUGUAAAAUUCAUAAAAUGCAUGUAUUUUUUUUUCUCUCUUUUACUAGACUCAUCCAGUGAUUUAAGAGGAUUCAAACUCAGCAAAUACCUGUCUUUAAGGCCAAAAUUAUAGCGUGGAACUUUUAGGCACAAUCAUUAGGAUUGCCACUUAAAAUGAUGCUUUUUAGUAGGUAGUCCAAAUACUUGUCACCGAUGGUUUGAAUGUUUAUAGUGGGGUAUUCAUAUAUGAAAAACACUUUUCAGUCUGGCCUCGGGUUUUAACUUGUAUCCUGGUCGAGGUUUGAUUUUUUUAAGUAUAACUACAAUAGAUGGACGUGAGAAAAGUGCAUAGUUUAUAAAAUUAUCCUCGUAAGGUUUUAAGGUUUAAAUAAGAUUUUGAAUUUUACAGCUUUG